AUGGCGCAGACGGGACGCUCGGAGAACGGAGCCCCGGAGAACUGGCCCGGGGCCCAGGAGGACGGGCCCGGGGCCCCAGAGGACGGGCCCGGGGGCCCGGAGCAGGGGCCGGCUCGGGCUCCUCCUCAGCCCGUUAAGGUCCACCGGAUCACACACACUAAGGUGUUCAUCAACAACCAGUGGCUCCGGGCCCGCGGGGGGAGAACCUUCCCCACCCGGAACCCGGCGACGGGGGCCAAGCUGUGCGACGUGGAGGAGGCGGACGGAGCCGACGUUGAUAAGGCGGUGGAGGCGGCCAAGGCGGCCGGCCGGCCCGGCUCUCCGUGGAGGAGCAUGGACUCCUGCGGCCGGGGGAGGCUGCUGCACAGACUGGCCGACCUACUGGAGAGAGACCGGCUCCUGCUGGCGACACUGGAGACUCUGGACACCGGAAAGCCCUUCAUGCAGUCCUACUCCGUUGACCUGGAGGGAAGUAUCAGAACCCUCCGUUACUACGCGGGCUGGGCCGACAAGAUUCAUGGCAAGAGCCUGUCUGUAGAUGAAAGCUUUGUGUGUUUGACCAAACAUGAGCCAGUUGGCGUAUGUGGAGCCAUUAUACCAUGGAACUUCCCUCUCCUGAUGUUCAUGUGGAAAAUAGCCCCGGCCCUCAGCUGUGGAAACACGGUGGUCAUCAAACCGGCGGAGCAGACGCCCCUCACAGCCCUCCACGUGGGGUCGCUCGUCAAAGAGGCGGAGUUCCCUCCCGGGGUGGUGAACAUCGUUCCAGGAUUCGGCUCCACAGCAGGAGCGGCUAUUGCUCACCACAAAGACAUCAACAAAGUGGCCUUCACCGGCUCCACAGAGGUUGGCCAGCUGGUGACAGGAGCUGCAGCCAGCAGUAAUCUGAAGAGAGUGACCCUGGAGCUGGGGGGAAAGAACCCUUGCAUCGUGUUUGCUGACUGUGAUUUGCAACAGGCUGUGGAGGAACUUCAGAAAGGAGCCUUUUACAACCAGGGUCAGUGCUGCACUGCUGCAUCCCGGAUCUUUGUGGAGGAAACUAUUCACGAUGAGUUUGUGUCUCGGAGCAUUGAAAGUGCCAAGAAGAUUGUGAUCGGAGACCCGCUGGACCUACAGACGUCACACGGACCGCAGAUUGAUCAGCGUCAGUUUGACAAGGUUAUGGAGCUGAUAGAGAGCGGGAAGAAAGAGGGUGCCAAGCUGGAGUAUGGAGGACAGGCUGUGGGAGAAAAUAACCUGUUCAUUCAGCCCACCAUCUUCUCCAGGGUCAAAGAUCAUAUGCGGAUUGCCAAGGAAGAGAUCUUUGGACCUGUCCAGUGUAUCUUCAGCUUUAAGAGCGCGGAGGAGGCCGUGACGCGAGCCAACAGCUCGGACUUCGGCCUGGUGUCGGCAGUCUUUACCACCAGUUUGGACAGAGCUCUGUCUGUGUCUGCAGCCAUGGAGACGGGAACCGUCUGGAUCAACUGCUACAACGCUCUGCACGUCCAGGCUCCCUUCGGAGGAUAUAAGAUGUCAGGCAAUGGACGCGAGCUGGGAGAGUACGCGCUGGCCGAGUACUCCGAAGUGAAGACGGUGACCAUCAAGCUGACGGCAAAAACACAAGAAAAACCAUCCCCACCACCAGUGCUGGAGUUGAGGGGGGAUGAGGGAGGAUGGCAUCCCCCCCUGAAAUAAAAACGGUCCAAAUCAUCCCCCCUGAAAUAAAAACGGUCCAAAUCAUCCCCCCUGAAAUAAAAACGGUCCAAAUCAUCCCCCCUGUAAUAAAAACGGUCCAAAUC